AUGAAGCACUCCUUUAUUUCCAUUUCCCUCUUUUUUGCUCUUUUUUCUGGCGUCGCUCUCACCCCAGAAUGUCCAAGAGGAUUCCGAUUGCUAUCUGGGAACAAGUGUAUGAGAAUAUUCACAAACAAGUUGAAGCACUAUGAAGCUGAAACUGAUUGUAAGUAUCUUGGAGGAGCACUUGUGACCAGUAAGAAUGCAGCGAGCAACCGAGACAUUGCCAACCUUGCCGCUAGCGUUGGAGCCAAUACAGUAUGGAUCGGAGCAUACUGUUAUGCUACUGGAAACAACACAAAUACUUGUUAUCACGAUGAUAACUCGGGAGUGGUGACCUACAACCAAUUCGCCCCUGGAAAUCCAAAUGUACAGGGAAGCGGAGGAUGUGUGUACAUGCAAGUGUCCGGACCAAGUGCUGGAAAAUGGAUCAGUGCCCCUUGUGAGGUAGUUGGAAUGCCAUUCAUUUGCGAGGUUCCAAUAACAAAUCCAGAUACCUACUGUCUUCACAACUACAAUGGCUACUGCUACAUGGCCUCCCACGAAAUGAAUCUUGCCAACCCGGUCAACACCACCUAUGACAAAGCCCAAUCCAUCUGCAGAGCCAACAACGCCAAUCUAGUGUCCUUCCAUUCGAAACCUGAACUUGAUUGGGUGAAGUCCAUCUAUAGAAACACGGGUGUCCAACAAAUCUUUGCUGGCGCCAAGGCAUUCCUUCCGGACACUUUUGAGUGGGCCGAUGGAUCUAAUUGGGAUUUCGAUUAUACUAAUCCAUUAUCGACUAGCACUGGAAAUUGUUUGAUUAUGGAUUUGUCGAGCAGGCCGGAUAAUGGAAUGUGGUCAGAGACAAAUUGUCAGAAUAUUAAUUACUUUGUGUGCAAGAGGCUGAUUCCUGUGGCUACUGAGGCUACCACACCGGCUGGGGAAGAGCUAGAGGAGAUGGAGGAGACCAAGGAGCAUCAGAAAAGUGUGAAUCCGAAAUUCCAACGUCCUCUAACCAAAACCGAACUUCUCGACUUCUCCAAUUGCAACUCAACCAUCGUCAUGUCGCCCGGAACCAUCACCUCCUUUGGAUACCCCAACACCAAACCCCCAGCAGCGUACUGUAUCUGGAACAUUGCCGCUUUGGGGCCAUACAGAAUCGGAAUCUACUUCACUGACUUCUCAACCUACGCCAAUGUGAGAAUCUAUGACGAAUUCGGAAACCUUAUCAGUCUGCAAAACGGAAACCAACGACCAUUCUCAGUGCUCGGAGCGACGAAUGUUUUCCAAAUCACUUAUGAUUCUAGUAUUGAUGCUUAUUAUGGUUAUCAUGGGUUUGAAGCUACUGUUUUGCCGUUUUAG